AUGGCUGUUGCAGAUCAGGAUAAGAAUUACAAGGCGCUCUUCACCCAACAACGCAAGCACAGCCUUAUGCAAAGGAUUGAGGGGGCCGGGCUGAUUGACUUCGUCUUGGCCGCAAAUCAUCGCGCACAUGGCGAUGUUUAUGAAUGGACGCGUGGAUAUUUGUACAUGUCCGAGAUAAAGACUGUUUACCGUCGCGAUGCGUACUCAGAGCAAAUGCAUCAGUGGAUCACAGAUGAAUGCGGCAGAAGCUAUGGCCAGAAAGCAACCCCAGGAUCGAACAUGGUUUUGGUCGAUGUGCAGGAAGGCGCAGAG